AGGAAGCAGAAGCAAUGCAAUGCAGCAGCUAUCAGAAGGGCGUCAGCAGCGGUACCUCGAGUGCCGGCUGAGAGGGCUGCUGCGGGAGCCAUCGAGCCCCAGCGAUGCCGAGAUCCCGGGGUCAUCUCCGCGCAUCAGCAAGCAGGAGGCGCUGGACCUGCUGCUCAUGAGCCUCUGCGACACAUCCAGCUCUUAUGUGUGUGAAGAACAACACCUCAUACUAAAGCAGACUUCAGGUGAGUGAGAUCUGGGAGGGAGGUUCCGACAGACGCUGAUGCAUGAAUAUGCGUGGCGUGCAAUGCAAUGCAAUGCAAAGCAAUGUGGUUGGUUGGUUGGUUGGUUGGUUGCUUGUGCGAUUGUGUUCUGCAGACAAGUAUUUCACUGCUGGUGCCCGCGCACAGGAUGUUGAGCUCACCUACAGGAAGUAUAGAGACCCAUCCGCCGCCGCAGCCGCCGCCGCCGCAGCCGCCGCAGCCGCCGACACCGAUCCAGCGCAUCAUGCGCACGGGUCAGACAGAUAGCAUACAUUCACACAGCACAUCACCUGCUGGCCGCUGCUUCUCUCCUCUGACAGUGUGUUGCGGUAUCACGGCAGCCGUGCGAUAGCGACCUCUGCAGGCACCGAGUCCAUCCCCGCCAGCGUGACGACAGUGAUGGAGUCACAGGUGUCGCCGGAAGUGCUCUCCUUCCUCAAAGACCAGGGCUUCAAGUCAGCUUGCCAUACCAACACACACACACACGUGCAUGAAGCAACCCUGUGCUGUUUGCUUCCUGGCUGGCCUGCAUCCAUGUGUGUAUGGGUGUGGUGUAUGGGUGCAGGCGGACUCAUCGGUAUUGGCGUCGGUGUCGAGUGCACUUCCGCCAUAGGGUGGAUGGCGGCCGAGGCACUUACCCAAUCAUGGUCACGUGCACAUACUUAUACCAGGUAAACAAACAGGCCAUGGGCAGGGAGGGAGGGCUACAACAGCCGUCUGGCUCCUUCCAGAGCUCCCCUCUCUCUGUGUGUGUUGAGUCACUGUCGCAGGAUGCUACCCUGACGAAGCCGUUGUUAGAGGGAACCAUGCUUGUCGACUGCAUAGGUACGGGCGGGAGGGGGUGCUUGUGGUUGACAGUUGUGUGAACCGUUGACCGAUCGUCGUUGGUGUGAGUCAGGUCGAUGUGAUGAUGUCCGUGAGGUCGGCAAUGUGGCGAAAAGCGUUGAGGCGUUCGCAGAGUCGUUCAAACCGUAAGCAGCACAGAUGUGGGAGGGAGAGAAAUGCACGCCUCACGGAUGGGUGCUGUCCUGUCCGAGUGUGUGUGCAGGGUGCUGCUCUUCCACAAGAUUGAGGGCGUCAGUGUGUAGGUGGUGUACACGUGUGUGUUGCUGCGUGUGGAUGGCAUUUGGACGCUUCCUUGCUGUGCUGCCUAGCUGCCUAGAAUGUCAAUCGUGCAUGUAUUUUAAAUGACGACCUCGGUUAACAUACACACACAGAGAGGUAGGUAGACACACGGAGAAAGUCUACGGCAGCCGACCGACCAUAGCUAUGAAGGAACCAAUUGCCU